CCUCUUCACACUUCAUCUCUAUUUCUCACUCUCUGCUCUGCAAUAACAAUGGCGACAAAGAUUUCUGUAACCCCUUCCAUACCCCUUCUCCAUCUCCUCCUCCUCCUCCUCCUCCUCUGUAAUUCUUCCUCCUUUGCAGGUCCCAUCAAGACAGUAGUGGUUUUAGUAAUGGAGAACCGUUCCUUCGACCACAUGCUCGGAUGGAUGAAACAGACAAACCCUGAAAUCAACGGUGUCAACGGCACAGAAUCAAACCCUCUCUCCACCGCCGAUCCAAACUCCAAUCUCAUUUUCUUCAACGAUCAAUCCCAUUUCAUCGACCCAGAUCCCGGUCACUCCUUCCAAGCUAUUCUCGAACAGAUCUUCGGCUCAAACGCCACAAACAUCACCACUACCACUACUCUUCCAUCCAUGAACGGUUUCGCCCAACAAGCAUUCGCCAUGACCGGUUCUCUCAACAUGACCCAAACCGUCAUGUCCGGUUUCCAACCUGAACGGGUCCCUGUCUACAAAGCCCUCGCCUCAGAAUUCGCCGUCUUCGACCGGUGGUUCGCUGCGGUACCUGCGUCAACCCAACCGAACAGGCUCUAUGUGCACUCUGCAACCUCUCACGGCGCCACCAGCAACGACGGAUUUCUUCUCUCUCUGGGUUACCCACAAAGAACCAUCUUCGAGAACCUGGACCAGGCCGGGUUCAGUUUCGGGAUUUACUAUCAAAACCUUCCGACGACGUUGUUUUAUCGGAAUCUGAGGAAGCUGAAGUACGCGAUGAAGUUUCGACCGUACGAUCUGUUCUUUAAGAGAGAUGCGAAGGAGGGGAGAUUGCCGAAUUAUGUUGUGGUGGAACAGCGGUACUUUGAUACGAUACUGUGGCCGGCGAACGAUGAUCAUCCGUCGCAUGAUGUGUAUGAUGGGCAGAUGUUGGUGAAGGAAGUUUAUGAGGCUUUGAGGACGGGCCCACAGUGGAAUGAGACAAUGCUUGUGAUAACGUAUGAUGAGCAUGGUGGGUUCUAUGAUCAUGUGGCUACGCCGGUGAGUGGUGUCCCGAGUCCGGAUGCUGUGGUUGGGCCUGAACCGUUCUUCUUUGGGUUUGACCGGUUGGGUGUUAGGGUUCCAACCAUUGUCGUCUCCCCUUGGAUCAACAAGGGUACUGUGGUUCAUGGGCCCAAUGGGUCACCCUUCCCCACAUCAGAGUUCGAGCAUUCAUCCAUACCUGCGACUGUGAAGAAGCUCUUCAACCUCUCUUCACCAUUCUUGACGAGGAGGGAUGAAUGGGCUGGCACAUUUGAAGGAAUACUUCAGGGCAGGGCCGAGCCUAGAACUGAUUGUCCAGUGGAAUUGCCAACUCCAGUGAAGCUAAGGAAGGGUGAAGCCAAAGAAGAUGCAAAGCUGAGUGAAUUCCAAAAGGAACUAAUCCAUCUUGCGGCUGUGCUGAAAGGAGAUCACCUCUUAACCACUUACCCUAAAAAGAUUGGGAAGCAAAUGACUGUCAAAGAGGGUAAACAAUAUGUUGAAGAUGCUGUCAAUCGUUUCUUUGAAGCAGUGCAUUCUGCAAAGAGAAUGGGUGUGGAUGAAGAACAGAUUGUCAAGAUGAGACCCUCUCUCACCACAAGAUCAUCAUCUUCUUCAAAACCCAUCAUACACCACCCAUAAAGAAAAAG